UCAUUUCAAUAUUGAGUGAUAUGCUCUCGUCAGGAUCACAUAAACCCAACUGAUUUCUUUUUUCCGAGUGUAUAGAAGACAGGAUCCGUAUAUUCAAAUUCAAGAACGUUUGGGUCAGACGUUACAUGAUGGACAGGAACAAAAGGAGCAGUGGGUUAUAUAAGUGUAAAGAAUGUUGCAAAGACUUUCAAACCGAUCUUGCACUAUUCCAACAUCUGACUGCGAGAAACAAGCGAUGCGGGAACAGUGCUUGCUUUUAUUGCGACUACGGUGAGAGCGUUCCCGGUGGCUUGUCAGAUCACAUCAAGACACGACAUUCUGUUUUCGAAUGUGCAUUUUGUUCUAAGAAAUUCUUCUUGAGAACUCAUUUUGAGGUACACAUGAAACACGAAGAAGGCAUAGUGAAUUCAUGGAGGGAUGAUCCUUUGCCUGGAAUGGACGACACAGAAUCAUUCAGCGAAUUGAUAGAACGCCUGAACCCGGAUGCAAUUGUUUACGAAGAGUGUCAGAGAAUUAAGGAAAAGUUGGAAUGGUUCAUGCACCACAACACAUCUUACAAGAAAUGCCACAUCACCAUGGCAGGAUCAAUAGCCAAACAAACUCCAUUAAGAAAGGCAGAUGUCGACCUGAUUCUCUUCUUGCACGACUUCAAAACCAUGACGACAUUUAUAGAAAGCAAAAAGGAGAUCAUAGAACGAAUCAAACGCCAUGUCGAAAAUCGGGACAUGAAUUGGGCCCAUGGCCUGAGGUUUCAAAAGCGCACACAAAACUCAAUACAGUUUGAGCUGAGUGUUAGUGGCAGUAGCACGUCGAUGGAUGUGGAUCUACUACCAGCUGUGCAACUGUUGCGCCGUAACAGUUCUUCUGAGAGGGAUGCAUUGUACACAAAUAUGAAAUCCAUGUCAGCAAAGGAGAGGAAACAUUGUGGGCCGUGCCUGUCUGAGCUGCAGGUCGAGUUUGUGCAUAACGUACCAAACACGUUGAAAGACGUCAUAAGGAUAAUCAAAUAUUGGAUCAAGAUUGUACGCAAGGAUGAGAGGUGUACAACAGUCCGGUGUUACUUCUGUGAGUUAGUGGUCAUUGACUAUUGGAUGAAAAACGACUCACCUGACGACCCCGAGAUCGACAUUGAUGACUACGUUAUACAAGUCUUAUACCGCCUCUGUUUCUGUCAGAGUCUUCGGAUCAUUUGGCCUGAAACUUACGACUUCCUCAAAUACAGAAGUGAAGAAGCCGAGCCUAUAGUUCUGGAUCCUGCAAAUCCCUUUGUGAAUGUUGCGCCCAACAUGAAGGAUGCUUUACGAGUGAGUCAGUGCGCCAUUGAGCUGUUUGAAAGAUAUGGAACUGUCAAACCUAAACACUUGUCUUCUAGACAAUUGACAUACCGAAGUCCAGCCUAUAUCUGCCCUUCUGUGACCUUACAACGACCUGCUGCCGUGGCGAUAGACAUGUGGGAUUCCUGCCCUGAUGAUGUUUCUACAGGUACUGGGGUCAUGUCAUCGGUGAAUGCCCAAAUGCAUUCGAGCAACCCUAGCUCGAAAAGACCAGCAAAAUCCCUCUUGUCUUCUAGACAAUUGGCAUACCGAAGUCCAGCCUAUAUCUGCCCUUCUGUGACCUUACAACGACCUGCUGCCGUGGCGAUAGACAUGUGGGAUUCCUGCCCUGAUGAUGUUUCUACAGGUACUGGGGUCAUGUCAUCGGUGAAUGCCCAAAUGCAUUCGAGCAACCCUAGCUCGAAAAGACCAGCAAAAUCCCUCUUGUCUUCUAGACAAUUGGCAUACCGAAGUCCAGCCUAUAUCCGCCCUUCUGUGACCUUACAACGACCUGCUGCCGUGGCGAUAGACAUGUGGGAUUCCUGCCCUGAUGAUGUUUCUACAGGUACUGGGGUCGUGUCAUCGGUGAAUGCCCAAAUGCAUUCGAGCAACCCUAACUCGAAAAGACCAGCAAAAUCCCUCUUGUCUUCUAGACAAUUGGCAUACCGAAGUCCAGCCUAUAUCUGCCCUUCUGUGACCUUACAACGACCUGCUGCCGUGGCGAUAGACAUGUGGGAUUCCUGCCCUGAUGAUGUUUCUACAGGUACUGGGGUCAUGUCAUCGGUGAAUGCCCAAAUGCAUUCGAGCAACCCUAACUCGAAAAGACCAGCAAAAUCCCUCUUGUCUUCUAGACAAUUGGCAUACCGAAGUCCAGCCUAUAUCUGCCCUUCUGUGACCUUACAACGACCUGCUGCCGUGGCGAUAGACAUAUGGGAUUCCUGCCCUGAUGAUGUUUCUACAGGUACUGGGGUCGUGUCAUCGGUGAAUGCCCAAAUGCAUUCGAGCAACCCUAGCUCGAAAAGACCAGCAAAAUCCCUCUGUGUCUGGAGAUGCAAGUUGCUGCUGGGGUUGCUGCUGGUGUCCCUGCUGGUACUAGUUUUAGGAAUCAUACUAUGGAGUGUGAGAUCCUAAAUUCCAUCGGUCAAAGAUGAAGAAAAGGACCACAGAUGUCAACUUUUAAUCAAAGAUGAAGAAAGGGACCACAGAUGUUAACUUUCAAUCAAAGAUGAAGAAGGGUCCAUAGAUGUUAACUUUCAAUCAAAGAUGAAGAAAGGGACCACAGAUGUUAACUUUCAGUCAAAGAUGAAGAAAGGGACCACAGAUGUUAACCCUCAAUCAAAGAUGAAGAAAGGGUCCACAGAGGUUAACUUUCAGUCAAAGAUGAAGAAAGGGACCACAGAUGUUAACUUUCAGUCAAAGAUGAAGAAAGGGACCACAGAUUGUAACUUUCAGUCAAAGAUGAAGAAAGGGACCACAUAUGUUAACUUUAAAUCAAAGAUGAAGAAAGGGACCACAGAUGUUAACUUUCAAUCAAUGAUGAAGAAAGGGACCACAGAUGUUAACUUUCAAUCAAAGAUGAAGAAAGGGUCCACAGAUGUUAACUUUCAGUCAAAGAUGAAGAAAGGGACCACAGAUUGUAACUUUCAAUCAAAGAUGAAGAAAGGGACCACAUAUGUUAACUUUCAGUCAAAGAUGAAGAAAGGGACCACAGAUGUUAACUUUAAAUCAAAGAUGAAGAAAGGGACCACAGAUGUUAACUUUCAAUCAAAGAUGAAGAAAGGGUCCACAUAUGUGAACUUUCAAUCAAAGAUGAAGAAAGGGACCACAGAUGUUAACUUUCAAUCAAAGAUGAAGAAAGGGACACAGAUGUUAACUCUCAGUCAAAGAUGAAGAAAGGGAUCACAGAUGUUAACUUUCAGUCAAAGAUGAAGAAAGGGACCACAGAUUG